GAAAAUUCCUGGUGCCCACUAGGUGGUGGUGACAGUUCAUGUGAAACUGAAAGCUGCUACAGAAUGGUCACAUUACAAUGCACAAGAGAAGGGGUGUGUUUCUGCAUACGUGGUGUUAAUUUCCGCUUUUCUCUUUACAGACAAAAGACCACUACGCUUUUUUUCUUUUUAAAAAUAUUGUUUCCCGUCCUGCCUUCACUUCUUUCCAUGUUUAACUUGGCUUUUCCUGCAAGUUUAAAUGCCCUGGAUUACAUCACAGAUGAACGCAACCAGUGUUCAAGACUUCUUUCCCCAUAAGACAACCAUGGCAGUAGACAUUGCUAUGAAUUUCUACUUGGGUUCGACUGCAUUGAAACGAGACCACCUGGAAUGCAGGAUUACACCCAAAACUAGCAAGCCACUGAGACCAUGUAUCCAACCAAACGACAAGACCUUGCUAACAGAGCUGAAAAAUCAAGAGGAGAAAGUGAAAAAGCGGGUUUCCUUUGCAGACAGUAGAGGUCUAUCCCUUACUAUGGUAAAAGUAUAUUCGGAGCUUGAUGACCCUCUGGAGAUUCCCUUCAACAUCACAGAACUGAUUGACAACAUAGUUAACUUGACCACAUUAGAGAAAGAACAUCUGAUUUUGGACUUUGAACAACCUGCUGCAGAUUACCUGGAUUUCAGGAACCGCCUCCAGGCAGACUUUGUCUGUCUCGAAAAUUGCAUGCUCAAAGAGCGAACUCUUGUUGGCACUAUAAAGGUCAAGAAUCUUGCCUUCCAGAAAAAUGUCAAAAUAAGAAUGACCUUCAAUGCUUGGCAGAGCUUUACAGACCACGAAUGCCACUAUGUCAAAGACACUUAUGCAGGCACUGAUAGGGACACUUUCUCAUUUGAUAUUAUUCUGCCGGAUGCUAUUAGGUCUCUGAAGAAGAUAGAAUUUGCUGUCUGUUUUGAAUGCAAUAGUAAAACCUAUUGGGACAGUAAUAAAGGACAAAAUUACAGAAUAGUUCGGUCUGACUUUCACAACCGCCACUGUGAACCUGAUUAUAACCUUUCUGUGGAUCAGUUUGGGAGUCCCAGGUGCUCUUAUGGCUUGUUUCCGGAGUGGUCCAGCUACUCUGGGUUUGAUAAACAAGGGCCCUACUACUAAUGAAGUAUAAAAGUACUGUUAUGCCAGUCCCAACAUUGGAGACUUGGUGUAUGGUGAGAUUUCAAACAUGUUAAGCCUUGUUGAACUGAAACUGGUUUCAGACCGUAUAGUAGAU